AUGUCCUUGAACGUUGUACGGAACCCACAGGAUGUGCUGGAGCCACCUCGAAUUUACUUUCUAGAGGAGGCAGGAAAGAAGGUUAAAGCAGGGACAUGCCAAAUGUCCUUACGCAAAGAAUUCCACGGGACGUGGCGUGGACGAUUCAUCAUUACGGAGCAACUUGGCUCACACCUCCACCUCUACCAUACAUCCGUCGGAAUCUCUACCCUUAUCAUCACCAAUGUCCCAAUGCACCUGAUUGACAGCCUACCCGCCCCAGCACUUGCUGCGCUUGCCCUCAUAGGAGGUUUGUGGGCCACUUCCCAAGCCUACAGCAUUGCAACCUCUUUCUACAUCUAUUUCCUGCGUCAGAGCUCUCUGGGAAAAUACAGUAAGACUCCCAAUGGCAAAGCUGCCUGGGCUUUAGUCACCGGAGCAACAGACGGCAUCGGUAGAGGAUUUGCUGAGGAGCUCUGCCAACGAGGUUUCAAUGUCGUUCUACAUGCCCGCAAUCAAGAGAAAUUGGAGACUGAACGCGAAAAACUCCUGAAGCGUUGGCCUCAGCGUGAGGUGAAGCUCCUGAAGAUCGACGCUGCGAGCGAAUCCUCACAUCCGGCCACGUUUGAGGGAGCAGCGGCGCGAUUGAAAGAGGUCGAUCUGAAAGUUCUGGUGAACAAUGUCGGCGGCUCCGGCGGCAUGGCCUCGUUUCAGCCUCUUCAUGAGCGUGCUCCUGGAGAUAUAGCGAGGUUCAUCAACACGAAUGCCACUUUCGCUACAGAACUUACGAGAGCACUUCUGCCGCAGCUUCAGAAGAGCACUCCGGCACUCAUCCUCAACAUCGGUAGUGCAGUCAGUGACUUCGGCCUUCCCUAUUUGAGCGUCUACUCAGGAACCAAAGCAUAUGUCAAGGGCUGGUCGUCGAGCUUGAACGCAGAGAUGAAAGCUGAUGGCCAUGACAUCGAGAUAAUGUGUCUUCUCGUCGCUGCAGUCGGAACGGAUUAUGCGCCCAGACCGGAGACACUGUUCGAACCGAAUGCGAGAAAUCUGGCCAAGAGCGCUCUGAACAUUGUCGGCUGCGGUAGAAGCGUGAUAUUUCCCUACUGGCCGCAUGCCCUGGAGGCCAGUUUCUUCCACGCUCUGCCACGUACCAUCGCUGAGGCAGCCGUCAUCGACCGUGGUAAGCAAGAACGACUGCUUGAUAUGGAGCGCAUGAAGAAGCGAUGACCAGCUUUGUGGAGGACAACCACAGAAUCUUAGCCAACUCAUAACCACAUUAUGCUAUCUAGAAUGUGGUCCG